UAAAUCAGUGGUCCUGGAUCGAUGUUCCUCACGCACGGUUUAAUAGGACUGCUGUCGCAGCUUUUGAUACAUAAUGAGAAGGUGAGAAAUCGACAAUCAUGGUAAGCGGAGCUCCUGAACACACUUGAGCUGCUGAGAGGGAAGGCGGUGUUGCGGCUGCGCUGCGAGGUCCAGCACGUAGAGACGGACCGUGUCUGUUCAGUGUGUGGCAAAGGCGAAUUCAGAGUGGUUGGAAGAAGGGGGUGGAUCAAGCUGCUGCUGUGAUCGAUCGCGGGAGUCAGCGAUGGCUUCGCGGAGAGGCAUGAUCUCGUUGGAUCAGGCCAAGUCCAUGAUCGAAGAGCUGCCGCCAGUGGUGUCGAUGCGGAGCGCGGAGGAUGAUGACAAAGGCGGCGGCGGCGGCGGCGGCGGCGGCGUCGUCUCUGUGGAAGCCAAAGGUCAGGAGGAAGCGUGGGACGCGUCGAAGAAGCCCCCCUUCACCCUCGGCCAGAUCCGAGCCGCCAUUCCAAAGCACUGCUGGGAGCGCAGCAUUCCACGCUCGUUGCGAUACGUCGCAAACGACAUCGCCAUUGUGGUGGCGCUCGCGGUGGUUGCUGCGUACGUCGAUAGUUGGUUCUUGUGGCCGUUUUACUGGUUCGUCCAAGGGACAAUGUUCUGGUCGCUCUUCGUCCUCGGCCACGAUUGCGGACACGGUAGCUUCUCCCCAAGCAGGCGAUUGAACAACUUCGUCGGCCACAUCGUUCACUCGUUUAUCCUGGUCCCUUACCAUGGCUGGCGCAUCAGCCACCGGACGCAUCACGCUAACCACGGCCACGUCGAGAACGACGAGUCGUGGUAUCCCAUGACGGAGGCGCUGUACAGGACUCUCAACAUCUUUGAGAAACUGGGUCGGUUGCAGUUUCCAUUCCCACUCUUAGCGUAUCCUUUCUACCUGUGGACGAGGAGCCCAGGCAAGAAUGGAACCCAUUACAGCCCUUCGAGCGACCUGUUUGAUUCGAGCGAGUGGAAGGAAGUGAUCACCUCAACCGCUUGCUGGUUCGCUAUGGUGGCGAUCCUGGCCGACGUCGUCUUUCAUAAAGGUUUCCUCUGGACGUUUAAGCUCUAUUUCAUACCUUACAUCGUCAAUGUCGUGUGGCUGGACUUCGUCACAUACCUUCAUCACCAUGGCUACGAGAAGAAAAUUCCAUGGUAUCGUGGGCAAGAGUGGAACUACAUGCGCGGGGGGUUGUCCACCAUCGACCGCGACUACGGGAUCUUCAACAAAAUCCAUCACGACAUCGGCACGCACGUUGUGCACCAUUUGUUCCCUCAGAUUCCGCAUUACCAUUUGGUCGAGGCAACCGCGGCGGUGAAGCCUUUGCUUGGGAACUACUACAGGGAGCCGAAAAGGUCAGGUCUGAUUCCACUGCAUCUCCUCCCCAUUCUCGUGAAGAGCUUCAACGAGGAUCAUUAUGUGGCCGACGAGGGCGACAUUGUCUUUUAUCAGAACGAUGUAAAGCAGUGAUUCGUCACCUCUUCUUGGCCACAGAAAAAGAAAAAAAGAAAAAAAAUCAUGGCUAUAGCGCGGCCCGUUUGCUCUCAACCUUUCUAGCAUGCACUCUCGCGUUGGAAAUGAUCCAUCAAUCGGCGAUGCAUCGUGCAAGGAGGGUCAGACUCCGACGGGACGUUGAUUGAAGACCUCCUUCAAAGGAUUUAGCGUCUUAUAGGCAGACAUUCGAUUAGUGAUAGAGACAAUGAGCCAAGAUUUGAUAUUUGAAACAAUGUGGCAUGGAUUUCCUUGCCAUCGUCCAGCAAUGAAAAAGACUUCGGUCAAGCUACCUUAAGCCAGUCCUCUUGGCUUCAA